AUGGGCCAAUCUCAAGGAAAACAAGCUGAUGCUGAUGUUCUACGAAAAUACUAUGACGAACAGAUGGAAUUUAAAAUUAUGGCUGAAAACACCCGGCUUGCUCAGUCUAAGGCUUUAGAGCGUGCCGAACAGCAAGAUCGAUUAGGAUGGUACAUUCUUGGAGCAGCAACUACUACUAUUGUGUUAUUAGCAGCAGGGUCCAUUUAUAAACGCAAGGACGUGAUCAUUCCCGUAGUUCCUUUAAUAAUGGCUGCUGGUUAUCAGUAUGAUAUUGCACAAGGAGAUAAUUUAAAAACUGUUUGCGACGAAGCUGAAAAAUUGUUUAAAUCUUCAGACCCAGCACUCUCAGUUACCCCAAUCACUUUGAGAGAUGUCGACGAGUAUAGAAAAGUUCAUUUUACAUCUUAA